AUGUUGAUAUUUAAGUGUGGCCUGAUAAUUUUAACAUCUACUUAUAUUGUAUCUCUGUGUUUCCAAGUUUCGCAAGACACAAAUUCUUUGGAUACUGGCCUUGCUUUUUUGUUCGUAGCCAGCGGAGCAAUUGCUGGCAAAAUAUUGUAUGACAGAUACCAGCAAAUACAUAUACUCGGCUCAUUAACACCCAAUCCAAAUGUUACUUCAUUUGCAAAUAGGAUAGCUUCCUUUUCAGCCUCAUUCCUCUCACUGGGCUUCCUGGUAUAUUUCUUCCUUUUCCUGUUUAAGGUGGAUAAUCAUUGCCUGACGGCUUUGAAUAUUUUUAUAUGUGGAUUUGGCACUUUAUACAUAUGGAUGCAGUGCAUCCUCACGACUUAUAUAUCGACUCUGUUUUAUGACAAAAGAUUGACGUUGUUUCGGCAAUGCCUUGCCAAUGUGAGCUUCCUUAUUUUGGUUUUAAUGGCAAUAUUCGGAACUGUAACAUCGUUUUUACCAAUAAAUGGUUCCAACGCGAUUUACUUCUGUUUCAUCGUGACUUCCCUAUGUAGCAACCUAUUAGCUGCAAUAUUUUGUGUCUUUAUAUUGACUUUUGAAAAAGAAUAUGAAUAUUUUUCGGAGGGUUUACGAUCGGAGCUUCUGCUCGACGAUGGCAGUACAUUGGAUAAUGCGUCACUGUCGGACGUCGAUAGCAUAUUUGGGGCCCAAGAAUCAACUUCAAGUACAAUCGUCAUAAAGGGUAACAUCACUUGCGCCAAGGUCUCCUGA